AGACUGUGCGAAUAGCGCUGCGCCGGAGGGUUGUAUAGCUGCAGACUUUUUGAUGUAGCGUUGAGCUGGCGGUGGGUGACAAAGGAUUCCACAACCCAUUCCGCUGGACUGUGCGUGCCACGGUUAUCCUCAAUUGAAAAUAUUGUGUUCAAAUAAAAGGAUACAAUGGAUGGCCAUUGAUAUCCAUGGGGAUAGAUGGUGGUGAAAUUGACUGGUCUGUCUUUGUUGAGGGAAUUUUUCUGGAAGGUGAUAUCGCAACGAUGGUGUGUCAGACGUUCAGAAGUUUACAAAGAGGCGAUGUCAGUGCUCCUUUGCUUGCUGUGACGGUGCUUGGGGUUCUGUUCGCAGGGAUGCAAGAAACCACAGCCUUUGCCACCUGGAGAAUAGAGGAAGAAGCUUACACCUCCGGUGUGUUGAUGAUUGGGAUUCGUAAAGAUGCUCACUCGCAGGUUCUCCACCUCUCCAGGAACAAGCGCUACACCUUCACCCCCGAGAAACUAAAAUGGGACAAGUUCAAGCUCACAUACAAGCUGCUCUCUUUCCCAAGGAACCUGAUGAAUGCCAGUGACACGCGACGGGGUAUCGCCAAAGCCUUCACUAUGUGGAGUGACGUCUCACCCUUCAGCUUUAGAGAGGUUCCCACUGACCAGGAGGCAGACAUCAAGAUAGGCUUCUACCCCAUCAACCACACAGACUGUCUGCAGUCCUACUUGCACCACUGUUUUGACGGCAUUACCGGUGAACUGGCCCACGCCUUCUUCCCCCCGACGGGGGAGAUCCACUUUGACGACCAUGAGUAUUGGAUUCUGGGAAACAUGCGCUUCAGCUGGAAAAAAGGCAUGUACCUUUUUCUGAGUUUUUGUAACUGCUGUUGUGGACUCAGCACCAAAGCUACUUGCAGGAUGUCUAGCUCAAUUAUUGUCAGAUGCACUGGGUUGAAUAGUAUAAAUUGUAGUAGACACUGUAGUUGGUAAUUAUGUCUUGAAGCUGGAAAAGUAGACAGUGUAAUACUGUUCCUAAAUGUGUAAUGGUUGGUUACUGUGAGUUUAGAGCAGGGAUGGGCAACUGGCCCUUUUGAAGGCCCUGGUAUCAAUUUGGUUGUUUUUCUUUUGUUAUGUCGGUCACUGAAUUAGCCCAUGUUAGCUAAACAUUUUAGAUUGGUGAAUUAGUCUAGCGGCCAGCUAUCUAAACAUGUAGUAAUCAAGGUCGAAUUAGAGCCAGGGGCCCUUUUGUUAGUCAAAUAAAUGGACACAUUCAAUCUAUUCAUCCAAACUGCUUGCGUACGUCAGCGGGUGUCUGCAUAGACAGGCUCUAAAAUAGAACUUGGUUGACACUUGACUACUCAUUGGUUUUUACAAGCAGAUAUCCACGUGGGUGACUGAAAGAUGCACAAGGUCCAGUUGGUGGUGGUAAUGCUCCUUACAGUUGGUUGCCAAGCGCAAUAUAAAAUCCACAGAUGAAGAAGGAUGAACGAGGAGAGAUUAUUAAAAGAAAAUUAAUAAAAAACUAACUAGGUUUCCCCUUUUUAUCUGGAAAUUAAUUGUCGGAGUAGAGAAUAAACAAUUUUGAAUGACCAUAUGCAUGUUAGGUAAAAUAACAACCCAAUGUUUAUCUCACCGGAAGAAUUAACAGAAAGCUGGCUAAAUGUCCAUGAGUGUUUUGACCUGUCCCCAAAUUAAUAUAGUUGGUUCACAGUUGGUUUUGGUAUUUUAACCUUUUCACAGUCCCAGUCCAGAAUUCAAGGAAACGUACAGUAUUACGUGCUGACCACACCUCUCGCGUCGUGUGCGCGAGCAUUGCAAAAUAAAUGUACACAUACAUGUUAUUCAAUGAUUGCACUCACACUGCUCGGAUGCAUCAACGAUCGUCUGCGUAGCCAGGCGCUAAAAUAGAAUAUAUAUAUUUGUGACGCUUGACGCACUGAAAGUCCCACCUCUCUCAUCUCCUCAUUGGUUUUUAGGAAGCAUUUACCCAAGAGCGUGAUUGAAAGAUGAACUGAGGUUCACACUCCAGUCCAGUUGGUAGUGGUAAAGCACCUUAAAAGGUUGGUUGCCAACCGCCAUAUAAAGUCCAAAGAAGAAGAAGCAGCAGCCGGAAGGAGGAGAGAUUACAAGAAAUGAACUCGGUGGAUUAAUUGUCGGAGAAAUUGUCGGAGGACCUUGUGCAUUUCAGGUAAAAUAACAACCCAAUGUUAUAUCCCAGGAGAAAUUAGGUAGCAACAGCAAGCUAAAUUGCAAUACAUAUUUCAUGCUUUUCGACCUAUCCCCAAAUUAUUAUAGUUGGUUCAGAGUUUGUUUUGAUAUUUCAACCUGCGUGUCCUGGUCACGUCUGGUGUGGGUUGACAAAAUCAACAUGCGCGUGAGUGGUCUGGUCAGUAUGUUAUACAGAGCCAUGAUUGCAUGGAACUCCCACCUUAUACAGCGCAAGUGAACUCCUCAUGGCACAAUCCACAUUUUGUUACGUUACAGCCUUAUUCUACAAUUGAUUAAAUUGUCUGUUUUCCUCAUCAAUCUACACACAAUACCCCAUCAUGACAAAGCAAAAACAGGUUUUAAGCACCUUUGGUAGCUUGGGUAUGACGCUACAAGCUUGGCACACCUGUAUUUGGGGAGUUUCUCCCAUUUUUCUCUGCAGAUCCUCUCAAGCUCUGUCAGGUUGGAUGGGGAGCGUCACUGCACAGCUAUUUUCAGGUCUCUCCAGAGAUGUUCGAUCAGGUUCAAGCCUGAGCUCUGGCUGGGCCACUCAAGGACAUUGACACUUGUCCAAAAGUCACUCCUGCAUUGUCUUGGCUGUGUGCUUAAGGUAGUUGUCCUGUUGGAAGGUGAUGUCCUUAGCGCUCUGGAGCAGGCUUUCAUCAAGCAUCUCUUUGUACUUUGCUCCGUUCAUCUUCCCUCGAUCCUGACUAGUCUUCCAGUCCCUGCCGCUAAAAAACAUCCCCACAGCAUAAUGCUGCCACCACCAUGCUUCACCGUACGGAUGAUGCCAGGUUUCCUUCAGAUGUGAAGCUUGACAUUCAGGCCAAAUAGUUAAAUCUUGGUUUCAUCAGACCAGAAAAUGUUGAUUCUCAUGGUCUGAGAGUCCUUUAGGUGUUUUUGCAAACUCCAAGCGGGCUUUCAUGUACUUUUUACUGAGGAGUGGGUGCAGAGAUGGUUGUCCUUCUGGAAGGUUCUCCCAUCUCCACAGAGGAACUCUGGAGCUCUGUCAGAGUGACCAUCAGGUUAUUGGUCACCUCCCUGACCAAGGCCCAGAGGUGGGACCAAGUCAUUGUUUUACAAGUCACAAGUAAGUCUCAAGUCUUAGCACUCAAGUCCCAAGUCAAGUCCCAAGUCAAGACCGUCAAGUAUCAAGUCAAGUCUCAAGUCCUAAACUAGUCAUAAUGUGCUCUUCACCAAAUGUAAUACCAUUUCAUAUUUUUAACAAGAGUAAUAGUUAGUAUAUUACAGUUACGCAAAUCAUGAAUGCUUUUAAAAAUAUCUAUAUAUUUAUUACUUUCCAAAUAAACGUUAUUUUCAUGGAAAUACAUGGGUAAGACCUAUUGAGGAUCGCUAUGGGGCGCAAUCGGGCAAUGUAGGCUUGUACACAAUCGGCCAAUCUUAACACACACACACACACUCUGUGUGGUUAAAGUGGCCUAACGUAUGUCAAUGGUUUUAGGAACAGCAGUAACAUUAGGCAGGAUUUAGGCUACCAACUGCCUGGCCAGUUGUAGCUCAAUCUUGGGUGCAUUGAUCACGUUCCCGCACUGACUGACUGUGUGGAGGCUCAUUGAUUUAACGUUAUGUUAGCCUACAUGCUAUACUAGUAAAGUUAUAAAUUAUAUAGCUGUCGGCUAUAUUAGCCACGACUUCUUUGUGCAGCUUCAAAUGUCGAACAAAGUUGGAAAUUGUUGCGCCUCCGUCUGUAAUUUUCUUCCCGCAUGUUUUGCAAGUUGCAAUCCGUUUUUUGUUGAUACAGCGUCGUCUUUAUAUCUGAAAAUAAUAAUUUUGGGUAUCUUCUUUCUCAUUCAAAUAUUUUUUAUUGAACACACACAGGAAUGGUGUAUAGGUAUAAAAGGCAGGUAUACAAUUUUUAUCUAAACAUAAAAGAGCAGACAGAAACAAAAAGACCCAGAGUUCUGGGUACAAAACAAGACAUACAGAACAAGGACAGGUAGAAAGAAAGAGG